AUGAGCCUCAAGCCCACAACGUCGAGCCCGAUCCCGAUGGAAGUGUCGAAGGAUGAAAGUGGCUCUCCUAUCGCUGUCGCCAAUGAAAGAGCCAGAGCGCAUUCAGCAAGAUCUCCGUGGUACUCUAAGAUCAAAAGCCAAAGUACCCUCGUCCUGAUCUCUGCAUUCAUGAUCAACUUCACAGCAUGCGGACUUCUCUUCGGCUUCGGCGUCUAUCAGGCCCACUACGAGUCCCUCGCGUUGAUCGAAGGCACUCCAUUCUCCGGCGCCAGUUCAGCGACCAUCGACCUCAUCGGUACACUGUCCGCCGCAUUGAUGACCAUGGGAGCCCCACUGGCAGUCGGAUGGGCAAAGAACUUCCGCCCAUGGGCCGUCGCAUUCGUGGGCGGAGUGAGUUACGGUAUUUCUUGUGUAGCUGCGAGCUUCGGAAAAGAACUUUGGCACUUCCAGCUCUCGCAAGGACUCCUUCUCGGCAUCGGUACAUGUCUUUCGUUCAUUCCAUCGAUGACUGUGGCGCCAACGUGGUUCGACCAGCAUCGAGGACUGGCCAUGGGUGUUAUAUCCGCAGGGACUGGCGUCGGCGGACUAAUCUGGGCUCCAGUCAUCACGACUUGUAUUCAACACAUGGGAUAUCGAAGCACACUUCGAUUGACAGGAGGCCUAGCAACGGGCUUGAUCUGCGCUUCGAGUUGCUCUCUCCGGUGGGGACCUGCGUUGACUGUCAGCAUACGCGCCGACAACGAUGGACGUUCCCGUUUGCGAGCAGCAUUCAGCGUUCCUCUUCCUUCGCGCAAAAUGGCAACGCAGAGCAGCUUCAUCGCUCAAGCACUGAGCUCGGUGUUCCAGAGUGCCGCCUACUACACCCCAGUCUUCUUCACAGUCGCAUAG